AUGGACGGAUGGCCAGCAGACAGCCCCUCUGUCGGCCUGUCCAACAACAUUGCAAGGCUAUCACUGAGCGGCGUCGGCAAACAAAGGCUCAGAUGGGAUCACAUCAGGACGGAGCUGAACGAUCGUGCGCUGUACGCUCAUGCUCCAGCAAAGGUCUCCGCCGCUUCGAUAGCACAGUUCCCGCCCAUCUCGGCACAGGUUGCCUUGCUGAAUCGCCCAAGAGAUCGACAGAGACUCAUAAACUUUGUCCAAGCUCGCAUCGGUAGUGCGCUCAUCGAGGACGAUCUCCUGGCAGAGUACAUGCUCGAGGAUCAGCUCGAGACCCAGCGGCAGCAAUACAUUACGCCGCAGACUAUAGCCAGCUGGCAAGGCGCGAAUGGCUACAGAGUCAUUGCUUCCCAUGGCGGACCAUCAGGCUCAUCUCUCCGCUUCCUCAACUGGCCUUCGCUUGCAGAAUCAUCCCGGUGUGUCCGGACGAGCCUCGAGCUCAGACUGCCAAUCCGUCGCGUCGUCGUCAACCGUUCAGAACAGCCUACCUUUGCCGUUGUCACUCAUGGUGGUACCUGCUUUGUGUCUGAUCAGGGACCGCCGCGCUACUUGCGACAGAGUGCCACGCUGGGCGGGAUGACACAUGCAGACGCUGCCGUGUCUGCUGCUGAUUCUGGUGAAGCGAUUGUGUUGGCGCUCGAUGGCUCUGCGCAUGCCUGUAACAUCCAGCGGCUGCCUGCGCUUGCUUCAACUGCGCCUUCAAGCGGGAUCGCUACCUUGCUGUGUCGAGCAGACGAGCAGGACGAUUCGGCCAUGCCGACGCGUAGAAUUGCCUAUGCCGACGAACAAAGAGCUCUCAUGCUGUCAGCUUCAAGCCUGCGAACUUACGAUUUGCGUGCUGGUCCCGGCAGUGGCACGAUCCUAUUCGAUGCUGCUGACCAGUGCGGUAAGCUGCAUGACAUGAGUCUAGAUGCAGAUCGGGCUCAAAUCGCAAUCAUGAGCGACCGCAACAUUCUCUGGCUGGAUCAGCGCAUGUCUCGACGUCCCUUGCUCAGCUGCGAGCAUCACAAGGAGCCUACAGCCAUCUGGUCCCUCGUCAAUAUACCCACAGAGCGGCAAGAACAGCAAAAGAUAGCACUCUGGACGCCGGCAAGCCGCCUGAUGACAACCUACCUCGUCGAGCGUACUUCCGAUAUGAUGCUCCAGAUCGACUCGUUACCCAGAGCUAUCGAAGGUGUCAGCACAUCCUUGCUGCGCACAGGCGUUACAACUUUGUCUGACUCAGAUGGCGUGCUUCAUCUCUACGAGAGCUUCAAGGACGGCUCAGUGACCAGAGCUCAAGUAAUCCCGCGCGAUCCGCAUCGCCGCCACAGCGUUCCCGCACCUGUAAACGAUCUGCAUGCUGACACAGAGACCGAACUGGGGAUGCGCAACCUGGCGAGAACGAACGAAGAACGUCGACUUGCCACCCUUGUCAACUUGCGCGGACUGUAUGAAAUCUCGACGGGCAUGUGCGACGAAUGUUAUCUCGAGCCAGAAGAGAGGACCCCGCGAGAGACUUCCGAAAGGAUGGAUCUUCACGCAUAUGGCGGACGUAGUACCUGGUAUGAGCUUGCGAGUCGACUGGAAGCGUCUCAGCAGCCUGCUCUGACGAACUCGGACAGAUUGCAUUCGACGCAGCUGCUCAGCUCGACGUCGUGGGACUGGAGAAGGCAGCUCAAUGAGAACGAGGACGUAGGUGUGCCUCGACCUAUCCCGAUGGCAGCCUCGGAUAGCAGCUCGCUACUGUCUGCAAGCAUUGGCAUAGCUCAAAAGCGUGCGAGACAGGAGAAGGAAACUAGAUCGACUGUGGUCCUCGAUAGAUUAGAGAAGGAUAUCCAACUCGAUCUCGAGCUCUCUGCGCUCGGUGUAACGCCGAUCGCGCCGGAAGGUCCUGCGACGAUAUAUCAAGAGCGCGCUCGGGGCGAGGAAGCGGCGCCCUACCACUUCCGAGCGCUCGUUCCGCGAAUCCCUUCGGAAGAUGAAGACAGCGAUACGUUCGCAGAUCGGCGUCGCAUAGAUGGCUUACUCGCUAGAUCUUUGCUGUCAGAAUGGCAGCCUGGCUCGGCACCUGCCACGCGAGAAGCCAGCGAGGGCAUGCAAGAGGAUCGGAAGCCGACGCGCCCCCUUCGCCGGACGCCUUUGCCUGUUGCGAUUGCAAAGCUGCCAGAUCUGCCGAUAGAGAUGCCGCAGAGCAAUGGUGUCGCAAGCACGCAGAUACCUGAAGAGUCAGCCAGUCAAUUUGCUCAGCUUUCUCAGCAAGCUUCUACGUUGCAGAUAGCGUCUCAAUUCGUACCAGGCAAACACGCUGCGCGACAGCCAAGGAAGAGAGCCAAAGGCUUCUGA